CAGUCAAACAAAAUAAAGUCGCUCGCUUUUCCGGCCAUGAUCAGCCAUUUUGUUUUUCGUUCAUGUGCGGACUAAUUUUUGUGUGCAAUUUCCUUCAUAAAUCAUCCUAAUUACAACUGUUUUAUUACAUAUUUGUGAUCCAAAGUGUUAUCUAAGCUACAACGAAACAGUUCGUGACUUAUUGUAAGGACCAUGGGACGCGGAAGGGAUCGCAGCCGAGAUAGGCGCCGUAGCCGCAGUAGGAGUAGGAGCAGAAGUCGUAGUCGAAGCCCACGUUACGGUCUCGGGUCGGGCGGCGGCGGCGGUGGCGGUGGCGGGUAUGGCGGCGGAGGACGCCGUAACAAUCCUGGCGCUAAUUUACGCAAGCCUAAAUGGGAUUUGAGCAGACUGAAACCUUUCAAAAAAGAUUUUUAUGUACCUCAUCCAGACGUUGAAAGUAGGCCUGACUCUGAAGUGGAGGCUUGGAGAAGCGAAAACAACAUUACACUCAAGGGCCGUAAUAUACCUAGACCGACACUCACAUUUGACGAAGCUGGAUUUCCGGACUAUGUUAUGGACGAAAUCGACAAGAUGGGGUUUUCUAAGCCCACUCCAAUUCAAGCUCAGGGUUGGCCGAUCGCUUUGAGCGGUAAUGAUAUGGUAGGCAUUGCUUCGACUGGCUCGGGAAAAACUCUUUCAUAUAUUUUGCCAGCAAUAGUACACAUCAAUAACCAGCCAAAAUCAAGUAGAGGUGAUGGACCAAUAGCCUUGGUCCUGGCCCCAACGAGAGAACUUGCUCAGCAAAUUCAAGAAGUUUGUGACAAAUUUGCAAAUACAUCAAAAAUACAUAAUACAUGUUUGUUUGGUGGCGCCCCUAAAGGGCCACAAGCCAGGGAUUUAGAUGCUGGAGUAGAAAUUGUUAUCGCCACUCCGGGACGCUUAUUGGACUUUUUAGAGAGUGGUCGAACAAAUCUAAAAAGAUGUACAUAUUUGGUGUUAGACGAAGCAGACAGAAUGUUAGAUAUGGGAUUUGAACCUCAAAUUAGAAAGAUCAUAGAACAAAUCAGACCGGACAGACAAACUCUUAUGUGGUCUGCCACUUGGCCAAGAGAGGUACAGAGCUUAGCUUCAGAGUUCUUAAAAGAUUACUUACAGAUUAAUGUAGGCUCACUGUCAUUGGCUGCCAAUCACAACAUUCUGCAAAUCAUAGAUGUGUGUAUGGAAUAUGAAAAGGAAACAAAAUUAAGCACCUUACUUAAAGAAAUCAUGGCUGAAAAGGAAAACAAAACCAUCAUCUUUAUUGAGACAAAACGCAGAGUUGAUGACAUCACUAGAAAAAUGAAAAGAGACGGAUGGCCAGCGGUGUGCAUUCAUGGUGACAAGUCACAGAACGAGCGUGACUGGGUGUUGCAAGAUUUCCGUAGUGGCAAAGCUCCUAUUUUAGUAGCAACAGACGUUGCAGCAAGAGGUUUAGAUGUGGAUGAUGUGAAAUUUGUUAUAAAUUUUGACUAUCCUAGUAACUCUGAAGAUUAUGUCCACCGUAUUGGUAGAACAGGGCGUACUAACAAAACCGGAACUGCCUAUACAUUCUUCACACCAUCUAACGCUGCUAAAGCUGCAGAUUUGGUGUCAGUUUUAAAGGAAGCCAAACAAGUUGUCAAUCCUAAACUCCAAGAAUUGACAGAACGUGGUGGAGGUGGUGGAAGACGACACCGUGGGCGCGGCGGAAGAUAUCGUCGAGGACGUCGUUCACGCUCACGAUCCCGAUCCCGGGACCGGCGUCGGCGCUCGCGGACGCGCUCUCGAUCGCGGGAUCGUCGUCGUCGCAGACACAGCUCGUCCAGAUCAUCACGCAGCAAGUCAUCAAAAUCCUCGCGAAGUCGUUCACGCUCACGCUCCCACGUUCGGUCUCGUUCAAGAAGCAGAUCUCGCUCAGGCAAGUGCAGCCCACAGAACGACGGUUCUACCACUGGGCUUCAGCCUGCGCCCCAGGCGCUCCUGCCGACGCCUAAACCGCUGCUGCCCACGCCCAUCGGUCCACAGUUGCCCUCCUCACAGUUCGAUAGGCAUAACAGUAGAGUUACCUCUUCCACACCACCAAUCGAUGAUACAAGUCGUUCACAUGAUAAAGAUUUUGCUAAGAGUAAUCCAAGAAAUAAUCAAAUUAGUAAUGAUAUAAAUUUGCAGCAACAACAGCAACAGCAGGCAAAUACCAUUCCAGCUUUGAUGGCCCUGAAUCCUCAAAUGAACAUGUGCAUUCCUCCCCCUAUAAAUGGUCAAAGUUUUGUUAUGCCUCCUUACUUCCCUAGCGAUCAGUAUGGUAUGAUGAUGCCGAACUUCGUUCAGAAUCCCAUGCUCGACCCUACGACGUGGGGUGCACCACCCCCACCUCCGCCCCCUCCCCCUCCGGCUGAAUCUGCCGGAGGGUUUCAAAAUCGUCACAACUAUGGACAGAGCGGUUUGGGACAAAGUGGCGUGGAGUCAGAUUCCAGAAAACGAGGAGGUCGUUCUGGCGGCCUCGGAAGUUCGAGUUCGUACGGCUCUGGCGGCGGCGGCGGUGGCCUCGGCUCUAGCGGUGGAGGCCUCGGCUCUAGCGGCGGCGGCCUGGGCUCGGGCGAUGGCCCUGCCUAUGGCGGUGGCCUCGGCUCGGGUGGCCUGGGCUCCGGCGGAGGCCUCGGCUCUGAAGAGAGCCAGGGCCAAGGCGGGUCGCGCUCGCGCGGCGGCCGACGGCGCCGAGGAAGAGGACGCGACAACGAUGACUAUAGCUCGGAUAAUCCGAGCGGUGGUCUCGGCUCUCAAGGCUCUGGCGGCUCGGGCGGCCUAGGUGGUCUGGGCGGCCUGGGCCAGUCGACCGGCGGCUUGGCUUCUGGCGGUCUCGGCGUACCCCAUGGGAGCCUUUUGCCGCGCAUGCUUCCGCAGAAUAUUGGCGACUUCGGUGGACAACAGGCAGCGAACUUCACGGCCUUUGGUUCUUAUGGGCCUAAGAAUAACAACAAAAGAAUACACCAAGGAAAUCCUAAUGGAGAUUACAGUGAAAGUAAUAUGAAUGGUCUAGAAUAUUAUGGUAAUCAAAACAUGGGCCCCGGCCGACCAUUUGCAGCUGGUAUGGACUUGGACCAAUAUUCCAAUGGUGCGCAGGCUAAUGGCUCCAUGGGGUACAGAAACGACCGCCAGGGCAAUCGCCAACGCCGUUGAAUGAGAUCGAGAAAACGGCUUUAAUGGUGAUUCGCGUCGGCGUAGAAGGCGAUGAAUUUUGGGAGUCUUGCAGCACCAGAACAAUGUAAAUUAGGGCGCUUGCUUUUUCAUUCCAUUUGUGAUUGAAAUAUCCACUUGUAUGGUGAUUAUAUUGAUUCUGUGAAAAUAAAAGUGAGAAAAGAAAAAUCUUCAUAUUUUUUCGAUUUUAUAAUAAAAUGUAAUUUUCAGUAAUGUUUCACAUCAACUUUUGUAUAGUAAACAACUUAAUCUUUGGAUAAGUAAGAUAGUAAUGGAUUUUUUUUUGUAAUAAAAGGAGUAUCUGCACCUAACAUUAGCUACCCACUGUAAGCACUGUUUCAGCUUUUGGUAUAAACUUCAUUUUUGGACGCUAAUUGUAGUCAUCUAAAAUGAUGUUGAUGUAGCUUUGACGUUAAUAGUUAUCUGCUAUUGAAUAUUGAAAAUAUCUAUUAUGCACUAAAUAGCACCAUAUAGCAGUUUAGAUUAAAUAAAGAAAAGCGGCAAAGUGCUAGUUGUACUCGCCCAUGAAGGGUCCCGUAGCAGCAAGUAACAAACUACUUGCUCAUCAAUUACAUAUACAUAUUACGAUUACGAUUUAUGACGUUUUAAAAAAAAAACUACUUACAAGAUCAAGUUCAAACCAAUUUUCGGUGGUAGUAGGCAUGGCAAUGUACAUCAUAUAUUUUUUUAAUUUUAUCAUUCUCUUAUUUUAGAAGUUACAGGAUGGACCGAGACGCUUCCAAAGUAGAAGCGUCUCUCGCGCAAACUAUUCAGUUAAGAAAAAAUUAUAUUGGAAACCUCAAUAUGAUUUUUGAAGACCUAUCCAUAGAUACCUCACACAGUUCAGUUUUAAGUAUGGGGAUGUAUACCAUGAUAUUUUUUUCUAUUUUUGUAUGAUAAUCUUAUUGCGAUUCACGGAAUACGUCUAUACUCACCAAGUUACAACAGUAAGCUCAUAAAGUUUCGGAAAAAAGCGGCUGUAACAUACGGACGGACAGACAGACAGACAUGACGAAUCUUUAUGGGUUCCGUUUUUGCGAUUUAGCUACGGAACCCUGAAAAAAGUCCUGUAGCUGUGUACCUCACAGUUGGUAGUGGACUCGUCAGAUGUUGAUACUCCCUAAACCCUUAAUAAUAUACUAUAAAAGAAAAAAUAAUUUAAUGCCAAUGUUUUACGUCAAUAUUUGUGGUAGGUACAUAUUAUAGUUUUUUGUACGUUAGUGCAACUGCACUUAAAGUUUUAACAGGAGCAAAUGUAUUCAAUAUAUUUGAUUCUAUUUUCGAUGAAAAUACAUAAUAUUGUAUUUAAGUUAUACUUCAUAGCUUAAGUGAAUAAACCAUUAACCUGUUUGUGACUGGUUUAUUUAGAGUAAUUUCAUUGUCUAUGCACUUAACAACAAAAUAUAUAGAUUUUUACAACAGCAGCAUUUAUGUUAGAUCAUUUAAAAUAAAACAUGCUGCUGUAUAGUUGCAUAAUUAAAGAUUUUCUGUAAGAGAAAAUUCAUUUUUAAAUAAUAUCAGAUUGUAGUAUUAUACCUUAGUAUAAAAUUUUAUUAAAAACGUAGAACCGGCUAAGUUGCGUGUGAUCUUGUACGACUGGUAUAUUAUAGUGGAAUGUAUGACACAUUAAUUAUAGAAUAUUUGUUUUUAUAUUGUGAUCACUGAACCUCCGGAGUGGUCAUUUAUGAGCAUAUUAUGCUAUUUUGUAUUUGAUAUGUAAACCGUAAACACCUGACAGAAGUAGAUAUAAUGUAUCUUAUUUCAAAUAAAAGUAAAAGCAAUUAAAAUAA